AGUCCUCUCGCAAUGCUCAGCUCCGAUAGCCUAGUGCUCCGCGUUGCUCGUCCGGACGAGCUCGAUCAGGUGCGGGAGGUUCUCCAUCGGAUCUAUUACCCGGAGGAAGGUAUCACCGUUUCGUACGUCCAUAACAAGCAGCACACGCUGGAUGAUGAGCGGUUUUCGCUGUCCUUUGUCGAGCAGGGCACGGUGGUGUUGGCCGAAGAUACGGCUGCGAAAAGGUUCAUAGGAAUCUCGAUUGCUGGUGCCAUUUACCCGGGAGAUCCGGAUUUGAUGGAGCAGGAAGCGACCACGACGGAAACGAAGAAAUGGAGUGACAUUCUGAAGCUGCUGGCACUUUUGGAACGGACGGCUGACGUUUGCGGACGGUACCGGCUGGAGAAGGCUUACCAUGUCCAUAUUCUGGCGGUUGAUCCAACUUAUAGGGGUCAUGCAUUGGGGCAGCGUUUAUUGCAGUUCCAGAUGGACUUGGCGAAGAUAAUGGGUUUCGGUGCGAUUAGCGGUGAUUUUACGAGUAUUUUCUCGGUGAAGCUUGCCGAAAAGUUGGGAAUGGAGUGUAUCAAUCAGCUUUCGUUGGGUGAAUAUCGAGACGAGAAAGGCCAAAAACUGUUCGAGCCACAAGACAUCCAUCAGGUGAUUAAGACAUGUGUUAAAUUGCUGUGAUAAGCAUUUGUAAGUUCGCUGAUAUGCCUAUAUCAGUAGCUUUCGAUUGACGAAGCCUUCGAGAUUGUAACAGAAAUUGUGUAUCUAUAUCGCUUU